AUGGGGGCGCUACCCAGUCGGGAGUCGAACGAGGACCCGUCCUCCGUCUUCUUCGCGAACUGCGACUCGCACAUUGUGUUCCACAUCCCCAUGACGGACCAUUACUUUCCCUCCCCGCACAGUCUCGCCUUCCAUCAGCUCUUCUACGCGCGCAACAACCAAUCGGCCCUGUACUGCUUCGAUAUGAAGGAGGUGUCAUCCGUCAUGCCAGAGGAUGCCGCAGAGGCCUUUCGGGUGGCGCAGGAGGUGGACUGGGGCGCGGAGGUGGACGAGGCAGACCCGAGCCUGCACUACUACGAUGACGAGAUCCACGAGAAAGUGCUCGAGUACGGCAGCGUUGCCUUGCCGCGUUCACCGCGCUUUGGCCAGCACCUCCGCCCCUCUGUUGAAGACAUCGAAGAACUGUACCGUGUGCUCGUGACAGAGCCGAUGGAAGGCACCCUCGUCGACACGGACUCGCAGAUGUGCGCUCUACUCGAGCAGGAGCAGCGCUGGCGGGCCGCAUUACCGCACUUGUCCAAAGGGCAGCAACAAGACAGUAGCAGUAAGAGACGCUGCGAGACAAGCGGCGGCCACGGUGCCGUCGACAACAGUGGCGACGACUCUUCUCAGUCAGCCACAGGCACGAGUGCGAUGCAGCAGCGGGACCAAGAAAGGACGGUGAAGAGGAGUCCAGGCGCCGGCGUGGAGGCAGCUGCAACCCACAGCCCGCUCGUCGCUGAAUCAGCCACAUCCUCGGCGAUGCCACCACCUUCGCCGCCGGCAAAGUUCUUGUAUCCACUUCCCCGGGCGAUAGCCCUGCGCAUGACAACGGAAGAAGAGGAAGAGAUGCGCGCCGAGUAUUGCCGCAAGCAUUUCAUCCCCUACGUCGCCCCAGCGUUCCACGACGUCCGCUCUACCGGCAUCGGCAUCUGCGCCGACGGAUCUUCCUUCCAACAGCAGCGCGUGGCGCCGCUGCCCGUUGUGGAGCGUCGCCACUACCACUUCGAAGAUGACCCACAGUACCGCGACGGCCGCGUCCACCUUGUCGAAGAGCACGGCGUGUUGUACCACUUUGCCUACUUUGCCAAACGACAACCCCAGACGGCCACCGCUGUCGCUACUCCUGACUCUCAAGAAGGAGAAGCAGCGGCAGGAAGCGUGGCGCCGUCUACGGUACUGGCCGCCGGUACGACGCCAAUCUCGCAGACCCCGAUCGUCCGCGGACGGUGUCUGCAUGACAUGGUGUACUCCGAGAAACCGCCAAUGCCGCCUGCGUUCCCGGCGUCGAGCAGCAGGCAUGCCGGGGCGUCGUCCUCGGCGUUCGCGGGUUGUGAGCCGGAGCUUGCGCCGCCCGUGCGCUACGGCUGGUGUGCGCGCUGCGGGGAACAGGCGACGCAGCGGCUGGACUACACUCAUCUGUGCCGGCUAAAGUCUACCCGUGCGCUUCGCCGCGCCGCACGGGGGCGACACACUGACAGUGGCCUCGAUUUGCCUGAGGAGAAAGACGACAUGGACGAGGUGACCUCGAACACAGAGCAGGUUGACGAGGAGGGCGAGGAGGAAUUUAUCAUCAACAUCAUGCCUGUUCGCGUGGUCGGCUUGGAUGGCCUGUUGCCGUCCCGCAGCCGUGGCACACCGUGGCUGCGCGGGUACGAGCAGGAGGACGAGGCGGCCGAGGACGCCUACAUCGAGCAGCUUGAGCCCAAGCCGCCGGUAAUGCGAGUGUGCCGCUUCAUCGAGGGCUCGGUCGGUGACAAGAUUGUCAACCGCGCCGCGCUUGUCACGUUAUUGUCAUAUCGUCCCAUGUGUCGGCAGGCGGGGCUCAGGGAUGCCCUGACGCGGCCUAUCUGGUCGAUGUGUGUGCUGUCAAAUAUCCCGUACCUGCAGAUGGUGCGGGAGACCUUCUUUAGAGCCAAGGCAGCGGUGGCCGAAGUGGACGAUGGCGAUCUGCUGCUGCGCAACUGGCUCGACGUCGUUGACCGGGAGAAUAACUUCUACAACUUCAUCAACGCGAACCUCUACAUGACGCGCAACUUCACCCCACCAGAGCGGACGGUGCGGCAGCGCGAGCAGACAGACGAGGUCACCAGCACAGGCACCGCAAUGAGUCGGAGGACGACUACGGGUACCUGCGGUGGCCGAGAGGGCGGCAGUGUCUGCACCGGCCCUGCAGGCUCCUCGUCGGCGACGUCACCGUUGCUGCUGAAGACGGCCGUGUACUCGGCCGUUGGGGGUAGCAGCAGUCCCCCAGAGAGUCGCUCCGUGCAUUCCGCAACGUCAUUAAACGGUGCAGCGACAGCGAUCUCGCGCCACGGGCAACCCUCCACCGUGUGUGCCGCCGCAGACCUGUCACACCUAAGCACGUCGCCACCGGCGCCUCAGUCGAGUGAUGAAGGAGCAGAGGCAGCGGUGGCAACGCGCGAGUCCGUCGACAGAGCCGGGCUAAUGACAGACGCACCGAGGCAAGGCAUGAGCGACAAGAGAAAGGACAAGCGGGGCCACUUGAAGCUGGUGGAAGGCGACGGCGCUGAGCUGCGCAGUCUCCACCUCACACGAGCUCUCGAGGAGGUCACGAUCGGGCGACCAGAGGGUCACGGCCCGCGCGACCAAGUCGAGGAAGACGAAGACGACGAGGAUGGCACAGACGAAGAGGGCGGGGAGCGGGACGCCAGUGAGGACGUCGGUGAGAACAACGCGGCUGCCAAGAUUGCCGCAGAUCGAGAGAAGAGCAAGAAGCUGCAGCACAGGAACCUGGAGGUGUCCUCCUCCUUCUGUUCAGCCUCGUCGUCCCCACCGGCGCCAUCCACAGCCCAAAAUGCCGCGUCUGCAACCGCCUCAUUGACUUCGGCUCGCGCAGGGGAUACGAGCAAGACAAGAGGCGAGGCCUGGUGCAGUCCUGUAGCGGCGAGCGUGAUGGGCGGACCGUCUGCUACGGUCGACAAUCACUACAGUGGUCAUCAGCACUGCAGUGGUGGUAGCGACGAUGGCGGGGAGUCAUCUGGCGAGUCCUCUGCCACCUUCUCAAACGCCGCGCCGGGGCGUGUCACCAGCGGGCAGGGCAACGAUAAGGAAGCCGAAGCGAUGGGACCCUCCGUAGAUAGCGACGACGACGAUCCAGACGUGCGCAUGGAAGAAGAGGAGAACCGCCGCGCACACGCUGCUGUCGCUGAUACCGCCGUGGCAAGUGGUUCCUUGCUCAAGAAGGCAACAGCAGCAGCAGCACAAGCAGUGGAGGCGAGUAGUGCAGGGAAACAGCAGGAGGUGCAGCAGCAGCUUCACCGACCAGAGGUGCCGCCGCGGCCAAACUUUCAACUCUUUUCCUCUCGACUUGAGCCGCAUGCGCCGCUGUCGCUCUGCACGCUCUUCGACUACGACGCUAGCGCUGACCAGGUAGCGAAGAGGACAGUCACACAGCUGGCUGCCGCCGUUGCAGCUGGCGUAGCCGCCGACAAGAGCAACUGUGUCGGUAGCCGAGGUGAAGGCGGUGUCGACCAGGCGGCUGCCACGUGUGCUGAUGCGGCAGCCACCACCACCGGAUGGCCCAGCUACGUUCAGCGCGACAUCCUGCGUGAGAACGAGCGUUGGCAGGCGGAGCCCAAAGCCACACGGCGCCCCAGUCAUGCCCUAUACGAGUGCGGCAUGCUGGCCACGACCCGCGGCCGCAACUUUCUCUUUCUCCUACGCGAGGACUGCGUUCGGGCGCUGCUCUACUACUGCUCCGCCGCCGCAGCGCCCAUAUUUAUUGGGGCGUACAUUGAGCCAGUGGACACCACAAGCGUCAGCUACGGUGGUGCAGUGCGGCUACGGCGGCCGAGCACCGUCGACAUACCCCUCGACGAGGGCGGCGACGGGAAGGAUGGCAUCCGUGCCGCCCCAGCGCGCAACUACGACGGCCAGCGGGUAGUCAUUGGGCAGGUGGAGGGAAUGGAGGUGAUGGCGGAGUGCUUCAAGAGCAGUGGUCUCAUCACGUGCUUCAACGUGUCGGACGUGGACAAGGCGGCCCCCGGGCCGAGUGCCGCCCACCGGCUGCGCAAAAUGAUCCUGCCGCAAACCUCAUCAUGCACCUCCAACACGCACCACUACAGCCGCAACGAUGGUCUUGCUGAGGAGGCAGAUUCACUGGCGACUCAGCAAGCACGAGAACUGGCUCAGUACGGUCACGUCUUCACCUACGCCGCGGACGACUUCUGCGAUGGGGACUUGGUCGUCUUCAAUUUCGAAGAGCACCGCUGGGAGCAUUACGAGCACAUGCAGCUGCGCCGACGGUUUGCCGCGAAGGCAACCGCAGCCGCUGCUGCUGCGACGGUAGAGGCAGCGAUGGCAUCCGCGGUGCCAGGGGAAACCGCCGAGCCAACCGCCGCGGGCAACGUAGCUGUAGCUGCUGACGGCAGCCUGAGCUGCGCCAACGCCGUCGUGGACCCCUCCAUGUCCGCCAGACUCCUGUGCGUCGGACUGGACGAGCUGGUGCUGAGCUGGACCAAGUGGAUCGUCGACAACCGCUUCUACGAAGACCGCACCGACCUGGGUUGGCUGAGCCUGCCAGACGGCAGUCCUAUCCAACUCGGCGGCCGCUACUUUCUCUGGAGCUUCCGUCACAAUCAUCAGCGCUAUUUCUAUGGCGUCAUCCCGAAGUUUGCGAAGGGGCGGCUGCGACGACAGAAGCUCAUGGAACGCAACCGUAACAAGAGAAAGAAGGCCGAGGCGCCGCGUCAGCAAGCGCAGCCACUGGUGGCGACGUCGACGACGUCCUCGGCGCGUGCGCGGCAGUCGAGUGACGUGUGUGUGGCAAGUUCGGCACUAUCGUCUCCGGUGCUCGCCAUUGCUGCUGCUGCUGCUGCUACCCCCUCGCCUGUCCGAUCCAGUUGCAAAACUGCGUGGCCGACAAGCGACACGCCUGUAGCGCAGUCAGAAGGAGCACUGCGGCGGGGCAGCGAUGGCACCGGCAGCGGCAAUCUGCAUGCGGAUCCGUAUCCUGGUGGACAAGCCUCCUCGCCUCCCCAGCAUCCUGACCUAGCCGUGAAGCCAUCUUCGCGCACGAUUACAACGCAGAAACAUCCUCAGACGCAGCCGCCGGCUGCCGCGACAUUGGAGCCUAUGUUACCGAUCCACUGCGCGAGUUCGCUCUAUACAGACAGCGUCUCGUGCUCAGUGCCAGACGCGAACACCGCUCCUCCUGCACACAACGCCCGUCGUGGCAGAGACACUGGCACUAAUGCCGCCGCCGGCCGCAGCGAUUCAUGUGGCCGCAGCCCGACAGCAUCGCUCACCACUGGCGCCUUUGCCUACAGCAGAUCCUCGCCGCAGCAGCAGUCAAUGCUGCUGCGGGCCAACACGAAGGCAACAACCGGAAGUCAGACACAGCAGGGCCACUUCGCAAGCUCCCGCAGCCCUGCCGGCUGCUUCUUGGUGUGCGACAGCAAUGUGGCCCAGCCGACCCUCUACUCCACGAACGUGACUGAAUUGCUGGCAACCCCAGUUCAUCGUGCACCUUUCCUGAACCCACCACUCCAGCAGUCGGCCAGCGACAAAUGCAACCAUAUCAGCACACCCAGCAGCUCCGGUGCGUGCAACUCUGGACAGCAGAGUGCCUUCGGUGGUGGUCGGUACUACUACUACCAGUGCGGCGGAAACACAUUCAUACAGGGCGGAAAGCGGCACGAGAACGAGUACUACCCGCCGCUGCCCACGAGCACCCCGUUCCACCCUGUCACAGCCAUCACGAAGCUUGUGCCACUGCCUCAUCCACAGAGAGAGCGCGGCGGUAUUCCAGCCAUCUUCCGCUUCUGGGGCCCCAUCGGGUCUCCACCGCCCCGCACACCAGUCACUGCAUCUUUACCAUCAAACGCAGGCGGGGUGGGGGACGCGGUGGCCACAGCCCCGUGGGCUGCCAUACCGAUCUCGCAAAUCCCACAGAUGAUACGCCCACUGUCACCGCGGCACGCCGUUAUGGGCUCGCGCGCCGCCAGCAGCUCCAUUGCUUGUCCGACCACUACACCAGCCAUUGUCCCCACCACCACGGCGGCGGCCGCCGGCUCACCCACUGGAAACUUGACGCUUCACGUCCGCCGGCGCAUCACCUCUGGAAGCACGUCGGUAACGACAGCUAUCAACGUGGGCAGCGGCGCUUCGGUAGCAUCGCUGCAACCACCUUCGCACUGUGCCUCCUCGCUUGGCCCCUCACUGACGACGCUGACAGCGACGGAGACUAACAUGAAGUCGAGCAGACCCUUCACGCUUAGCCCUUUAGCCCCACCGAACUUUCCUGGCACGUUGUUGUUCGCCCAAUCCGCACCGACGCCGCUUCUAGAUGAAGCCAGCAGCCCUCGGCGUCUCUCGCCGACCAGCAUGCUCCCUACUAACCUCAUUAACGAAGGGUCGAAGACGAAGGGCGAGUCAGUGCUGCGGGUAGACGAGGACACGUACAUGCAGCGGAAGGCAUUCCGGUGGAACCCGUAUGCGAGCACCAAGUGGAGGCAGAACAACAGCAGCGCUGGCAGCGGUACCACUUGUACCUACGGUAGUGCUCCUACAGGGGGCCGAAGCGGAAGCCGGUAG